AUGUCAGUCAACCUCGCGCGAGGCUUGGGCACGUCUUUUGAUGCUCUGAAGAUGGGAAACUCCCGUCCAAGGCUAAGUAAGCACGGCCGGCCCCCCGGCGGGGACGAAAUCCGGAUGGGAGGCACAACCCGCGUAGAAAUGAUCGGCAACGGGUACGGCUUUGUCAGAGGCUACUGGGCGGGCGUGGCUGCGGCUGAGUCCAAGGAAUCAGGCGGGAAUCGGGUGAUGACCGAGCUUGUGCGGACCUGGUUUAUCGCGCUUACCGCGUGGGUGGGCCGGUUUUGUGGUGGCGUUCCUUGGGUAGAUGAGGCGGUCUAG